AGCUUGGGCUCUGGUGUGGUAAGACAAUGGAACGAAAUUCAGCCACUGUCACACUUAAGGUAUCGGCCCAAUCGCUUUGAGAACCUUGUGUUUGUUAUAUGCAAGUCCCAUACCCGGCCGCGAUGAUACGGCGCCAUGUCUGCUUGGACCUCCCUAGCUGUCGUUCUGCACUUUUAACAAAGACUUAUACUCAAUGACAACUUCUUUUCAGCUUCUUGCAGAGUAAGCUUCUCCUAAUACUAUUUUACAACAUCCGCAACAAACACGAUGAGUACCGCAUUAUCACUUAGGCGCAAUAGUGACGAUCUCUGGAGCGACGCAGUUGCGCAGCUCGAUAAAGAGCUGAGAAAUAUCAUCGACUUCGACCGUCUAGAAAAGCAAGAGAUCGUUUCCGAGCUGCUCAAACAGACAAAAAUCGGCAUCCAGCACUGCAACGACAAAGCCUGGACGUUCCAGAGGGAAAAGAGCGGCGAGACGAUCAUUAUCGGAGACAUUGCAGUACAGUAUGAUCCUGGCCAUGCCGCUCUGCCAUGGGCAGGCGUUCGGUUUCUACUCGAGAUCGCCACCAAGGAUGUCAAGACCUUCGCUUCCGUCGUUGAGAAUAUACCGUUGAUAGCGGAGCUCAUCUGUCGCAGUGCGCUUAUCGAGGAACUCCUACUACGGUCCCUAUCGCUUACCGCGGACAAGCUACGGCAAGCCCUGGUCCUCCUCUACGUAAGGGUCAUGGACUAUCUCACUCGUGCGAGGGCGUACGCUCUUCAGCGUACUGCUAAGCGUAUCCUGAAAAGUUUGUCUCUGGCAACCUCGAAUCUCGACGAGUCCUUCCACGCCAUCGCCGUUGCCCAAGAAAAUGUUGAUUGGUAUUUCAAUUUAGAAACCGUUCAAGACAAUCUCGAGAGGCAUGAAGAGCUUAAGAGUAUCCUCGCAGACUUUCAGGCUCCAUUGAACCGCUGGAGCGAGCAGUUAACGAAAAUCACGGACGAUCUUGACGCAAAGAAGAGAACCGAGGUCCUGCACUGGCUAUCUGCCGAGCCAUACCUCCAACACCACGAACAAGCGAAGGAAGGUGUGCUCGAGGGAACCGGCCAAUGGCUUCUCUCGGACCCCGUCUUUCUAAAAUGGAAGGGAGACAGUGCCUCCUCCGUACUCUGGCUUCACGGCAUCCCGGGGUCUGGUAAGAGCAAACUUGUGUCUGCUGUCGUUGAAGAUGCCCUGAGAGCAUACCUAGAUAACCGGGGCCCCCAAAGUCCACCUCCAGCGUACUUCUACUGCUCUCGCAACCCCGCUGAACCCGGACGCUCCGAUCCCAAAGAAAUCCUGGCGAGUAUUGCUCGUCAGCUCUCUUGCGUCGGACCCGGCCUUCUACUACUCCAGCCAACAGUGGCAGAAUAUAAGAAGCGCGAGAGAGAAGCCUUCGCCAAUAAGUCACUACGGCUACAGGAGGGUCGUGAUCUUAUCCUAUAGUUGGCCAAGCACUACCCUAUGGUAAUUAUCGUAAUAGAUGCCCUCGACGAAUGCAAUCCAGCUACGCGGCGCCAGUUCCUCAAUGCGAUAGAGUCUAUCCUUAGAGAUUCUUCCAGCCUCGUCAAGAUAUUCGUCUCUAGUCGUGACGACCAAGACAUCGUCUACAAGCUUCAGGAAUACCCCAACCUUGAGCUAUCGUCGGAUAGGAACCAGGAUGACAUCGCCAAGUUUGUUGAAUCCGAGACAAAUUCCAUGAUCAAGAGCGGAGCUAUGCUGCGAUAUAGCACAAGCAAGGAAGAACUACGGCAGAGAAUUAUCGAAGAGGUCACCAAGGGUUCCGCUGGGCUGCCUUGCAGCUGCAGGCACUGUGCGAUCUUAGCUCCGAUGCCGCGGUUCGCGAAAGGAUCGGGCGUCUACCA